AUGAAAGCCCUAUCGGCAACCCUUAUCGCCCUGGCUUUCGCAGCUCUGUCGGUUAGCGCUCGAGUGACGGGAGAACCGGGUUCAGCGGCAGCCGCCGCCCCAGCUAUCAAGAGAUACUCAUCGCAACUCGAAGCCGCGGCGCUACCUAAGCAGAAGCGUGGGCUUCACCCUAGUCGCAGUAGUAUCCGGAACUUGUUCAAGUGGAAAGAGUGCGAUACAUCUAAACAAUGCAGCUACGCCAGUGAUUGCUCCCUCACAUUUUCUAAAUGUACGACAUGCAAUGGACGGUGGAUCAAGGACUCAGACAGCCAUCCCGACCGAAACAUCGAAACAUUCACGGGACACUGUGCGUAG